GCUAUUUCAUAAUACUACGGCAUAUCUUUUAUUUAUAAUUUAUGGCAGGUGUUAAGCUUAUAUUUCGCUACCAGAAAUGCAUUUAUAAAUCCGUUAUAGGCUAUGAUGUUUUCAACUUUUUAAAGCUGACUCUGGGUCGUAUACUAUGUGAGGUUAUGGUGUCGGUAGCAUCGAAAAGUUAGAUUUUAAAAUCGGACAGCAAAUUGAUCAGUUACUAGCUGUGUAGUUCGUGACUUAAUUUGGUUAGUCAUUUAUAUCAUGCCAGCUUUAAGAAGUCGUACAGUUAUAAGAACACCACAGCUAAAGUAGGAUGACCCAGUAUUGAUUUAAAGAAGAGGAAAGUCGAUAUGGUAAAACAAAAAUUGGGUUGAGGAAUAUUAACAAGUAGGGUAGCUGGUGGCUUUUGUGUCGUGUUCAAAUGAGUGAAAUCACACGUGAGAAAAUAAGAAGGUGAAGGAUAUAUAGAAUAUGAUGUACAUUAUUAAAUAUUAUUUCCAUUUAUUCCCAGUAAUAAACCUACCAUGGAAUGGGUCCUUCCUGGUAUGUGGUCAAGACAUUCGUGCAGUGUAUGGAACUCGAAGGUUUAUUACUGUGUUUACAGGAGCCCACCAUCGGUCUGUAAACAGAGCCAGUUUAGCCCAGUCCAUUUGAUAAAUCUGUUCCUCAAAGAUCUGUUUUAUUAUUAUACUCUUACCUACUCCUAGUAGUCUUAUGAGCCAUCAGUUGACAUGUCCAAUCAAAAGAGUUUCAGAAAGCAUGGACUCAUCAGUCUAGAUAUUUCUACGAUAUGGCUGUUUUCAGGGUUGUUGCGCCAUGUAGUAGUUUACCAACAUUUCAGAGUUUCUUGCUGCCUCCAUCAUCAGGGCGAUGAGUGCUGCUAGUAACUGUUUUUAUACAGUUCACUGCAAUAUAUACAUUUUCUGUGGAGAAGUAGCUGUGUAAAAUAAUUUAGACCUGCCAUGGAUAUGAUAAAGGAGGAAUCUGAUUUGGAUCAAGGAACAUCUCAAGUUUUUACGCUGAAAGAAGAACCGCUUACUGAUAUGAAAAAUGACUAUUAUGAUGCAAUGUCACCAUCAGUAUUUGUAAGUGAAGAUAAGAAGUUCUUGCAUGUAUUUAAAUUGGAACCUAAUUCUGAUACUGAGUCUGACCAGCUUCCUGCUCUGGAACAUGUGGAGCUGGCUGCUCCAAAAACUUCUCCAGUAAUGAAGAGUGAAGAAAUGGAAGAUGUGUUAGAUAUUGCAGCAGAUGAAGCUGACCUGAUGCCAGAAGACCGUGGUUUGUGUGUUGUGAGGGGAAAAACCAUUCAAAUGUGACAUAUGUGGUAAAUUGUUUUCGCUGAGUUGGAACCUGAAGUAUCACGUUCGGACACACAUGGGGGAAAAACCAUUAAAAUGAAACAAAUGUGGAAAAUCGUUUUUGGAGACAAGAAGACUAAAUCAUCAGACACAAGAAACCCUCAGGCUGAUGCUGGUAAAAGAAGUAAAGAAAUAAGAAAGCGUGGGACUAGGUUGUCUUUCUUCAAAGGAAUCCUUAAGGAUGCAGCACUUUGCUUGUGGGUUUCUGUUCUGCUGAGCAUUGUUCCUCUAGCGGCUGGAGGCAACAUUACAAGUAGCGUCUUUGGAUCAGCCACAGAUGUAAUGCCAGCUGCUUUUGGAGACUUCAAUUCUGAUGAGCUGACAGAUUUGUUUGUGGUUUAUGGCAAACCCAAUACCCUAGAGGUUAUGCUGGCAAGAGUACAGGAACCAUUGUUCCAGUCUGGACAGAGCUUGAGUUGCCUGUUUUCAAAAAUGCAUAUAACGAGCAUUGUUCCUGGAAACUUUGAUGGUGAUGCACGUCUUGAUGUUCUGGUAACAGCCUUGGAGACGGAUGUCCACAAUAGUCUCACGCAGAUUUUUAUCUUGUGGGGAGGCUUGAACUACCUCAUCUGCAGCAAUGAGACAGUCAUUUACAGAAUGAGAAACCAGCCAGUGGUGCUUGAUUACAAUCAUGACAUGAUAGUGGAUUUAUUUGGUGAAGAUGUUGAUGGAAACAGAAUGUUUUUGGUGUUUAAUGAAAACAGAACUGUGUCACCCCAGGUGGUCCCUAUGAUAGAGCCUGAGAUUCUGAAGGUGGAACCCCUGAGAGUUCCACAUUCACAUUCAUUUUUGGACCUGAAUGGGGAUUUUACUGCUGAUCUGUUGCUGUCAACGAAGGUUGGUUUUGAGCUAUGGCUAGGUAACAAGAAUGGGAAAUUGACCUUUGACAGAAUCAUACAACCACCUGUUGGACUCACCACAGAACAGAUGGGCCAGUCCCUCUUUCUGGACCUGGAGCUAACUGGAGAGAUGUACCACCUACUCCCAGUAUGUUUUGAUGGCUUUAAAGACUGUGUCCCAUGCAGAAACAGCACACUCUUUGCUUAUGUGAAAGAGAAAUGGCACAAUCUGAACCCAGUCUUGAAAGAUGGCGCGAAUCAGGUCUGGGGUUUCUACAGGUGCAGCAGCCGCCCUUACACAGACGCAGUCACUCUUCGAGGGGGAGAUUUUAAUAUGGAUGGGUAUCCUGACAUUCUGGCUACUUUAUCUGUGAAGAAUUCACAUUCUAAAGUGUUCCUGUUGGAGAAUGUAGAGAAUUUGUCUGGAAGUCUUGGCAGAACGUAUGCCAUUCGUGGGGACCCUCUUGUACCGAUGAACAACGAAACAACGAUGGCUGCAUUUUAUGACUUAUAUCAGGAUGGGAUUUUGGAUGUGAUUCUGUAUGGUCAAGAUAAAGUUCAAGCAUUUAGAAACACUUUGGACUACGAUGCCAACUUCGUGAAAGUCAUGGUUCUGACAGGCACAGAUCGAGGUGGGAACUUGCCGGGUCCCAGCAUUUCGUACAGAACGACGACGCAGGAAGGAGACCCACGUGCUGCGGUAACAGCUCAGUUACCGCAGUCUGCCCACUUCUCUCUUGGUCUACCGUACACCAUAUUUGGUCUUGGUCGUACCCCUAAUUUUGUUGACACGCUGACAGUGGGGAUAGCCGGAAGGUCAAAAGCUUGGACGCAGAUAAUUCCAAACUCGCAGAUGGUAGUAAUCCCCUCUCCCCCAGACCAGACAAGUAAGUGGCGUGCUCAGCUGUUUAUCACGCCGAGCAGUACGAUUUUGUUGAGUGUUGUUGCUCUUAGUGGAACUUGCGUCAUCAUCACGCUGAUCAUCGCCGCUCUGUACUUGAAGGAAAGGAAUGAGGACCGACUCGAGAAGCUGCAGGAAGCCCAUCGGUUCCAUUUUGACGCUAUGUGAACUGUUGUUUCUGUGACUGUGACCCAUCAGAAAAUUGUUCUAGGCCGUACUGCAUUUUUAUUUGUGAUAGAAGUUAAUAUGAGUGAAAAGUCUUGUUCUGGUUGCAUAUUAUAUUUAUUAAUUUUUACACUUUUUAAGGUUUGAGUUUAAUAUCUGUUUCUUUGUGGAAUAUUGAAACUUUUCAUAGCAGUUCAAAAAUAAUAUUCUGGAAACGGAUGAGAUAGUUGAAGUAAUCAUUUAAUUCUUGGUUCUUUGAUUAUUUUAUUUGGUUGUAUAAUUGAUUCAAGUUGCUUUAUUAUACGACUUCAGAAUGAUACAUUUGACUUUACUAACAUACAGAUUUGUUUACGUAAUUGUGCUGCUGUUCAGUGAAUGUGCAUUUUUAACCUUAAUGUCUGUCCAUGAGUUUCUGUAUGUGUUGUCUGGUUUUCUACUGUUCAAGGCGGGUUGGCGUUUUGUAGAUUUACGUUCGAGAAGUUGCUGAUUUAGUAUUUGCAUGGUUGGUUGGUACAAGAAGAUUGUUGAAGUGGGUGGGCUUUAAAGGUUUAAUUUCUGCAGCGCACCUCUUCAGUGAGAAGGAACGUAAUUAAGUAAAAAAUAAAAUCAGUCUGGCUUCAGAUUUGAAGUGAUAUAUUUAUUAUUUAUUUUCUGAUACUUGUCUGAUUAUUUGUUUAACAGUGAACAGUUAAUGAUUAAAGCUAUUAAUAAAUUAUUAAGCAUAUAAUAAUAUUAAAUUAUGAGGUUGUUACUGUGAGUAAUAUCCUGUUAUGGGUUGUGGUACGAGCUGGUUCAAUAAAAUUUUCAGGAACAAGAAAUGAAUUGUGAGAGAAGAUUGUGGAAUAAUUAAAAAAAACAAAAGGCAAAUGUGCAUACUUUUUUUUUUUUUCAGUGAAGUGGUCAUUGUACUAAAUGUGUAUGGGCUACUGUGGCCUGUUCAGCGUUCAGAACAGACAUUUUUUCUAAUGACAACAUUGCUUAAAGGAAUGGGGAUAAUGCAUGCCAUUAAUCAUUAAUGAUUGCUUUGUUGUAUAGAACUUCAGACUAGACAUCCAGGGAAAGCUGAUAGUUGCCAUCAGGCAACAGAAUGUUACUCUUUAGUAGAUUCCGCUUUCACUGGAAUCACAAAGGGACCUGAAUAUUUGUGCUGUUUUCAUUUAUUGCUGAUUCUUUGAGCAAUUUUAAUUUAUUGAAGUAAUUGUAUAUUGUUUUUCUUAUACUUCAUCAUGACCGGAGAUAUUUUACAAAAAGGGCAGCUCUCAGUCUAAUUUAGGUUCCGUUUGAGACAAGUUUUAUUACAUAUGUAUUAAAAUUUGUUGUGUAUCAUCCGUACUUUACAAAUAUAAUGUGUAAAGAGCAAUAAUAGGUCUGUGCUUUAUCAUUUUGUGGAUUGGUGUAUAAUUUAGGAAAGUGUAAAUAACAUUAAUUUAUUUUAAAGAAGAAAGUAUCUUUUAUGUGUUUCUGUUAUAAGGACAAAGUUACUUUGGGCUGAGAAUAAAAUAAACUUUUGUGACGAA